AUGAAGUUCUAUAUUUGUUAUCAUAUAAUAUUAUUGAUAAUUACUAAGAAAUUUGAAUAUGAAAGACAUUAUUUUAGAGAUCACUUAUUGAGAUGUUAUGAAUUCUAAUUCCCAUUCUGCAUUCCUAAUUCAACUAAUACUUGGGAAUACAUAUACAAAAUUCCAGAAAUUGAUGAAACUAUACAUCAAGAAAUGAUUGAUAAUCCAUUCGAAACUAAAUCUGAUAGUUUCUACUUUGUUGGAGAUUAAUUAGUUAUGCAGAAUAAAGCUGAAUAUGAUUACUCUGAAUGAAAUAAUUAUAUUGGCAUUUAUUUGUAAUAAGAAUCAUU